CUUAUGACCUUGGAAGGUGCGCAAAAGUCAUUUCAUUGUCUCGGCACUGCAAAAACGCCAAUCGCUCCGACUAAAAGCAGUGGAAUUGGCAGAAUAUAUUCGCCAAAAUGACAGUGUCGUACUACUCCAAACUGGAGGAAUAUUGUGCAAAUCAAUUCCACACGAUAAUGUUCAUAGGCUUCUACACUGGGCGAAAAUUGGUGAACAACUUGUAUCAGGAAUUGGAUGAGAUUCUUUUGCCUGAAUCCGAAACUGAGCUAAGGCAAAAGAUUAUGAACUUGAAAAUGGAGGUUAACAUGAAAUAUUAUGAACAAAAAAUCAACACGUCCAAUAUUGUUAUCAAGGAGAAUUCCAUCACAAUUUUCUGCAAUUUGCCUCCUGAUAGUCUUGAAUGUCCCAUGGGCUCCCCCCAAUGGUUCGUAAUUAGGCAGGUCGAAGUUGAACCCAACAACAGGAGUAUCAUUUUCAAUCUCCAACUUUCUAGCUCUUUCGACAAGCAACACCAACUUGAGACCCAGGAUUUAAGUUUGACGAAGCCUAGAAACGACUCCAAUGCAGACUCCAGCAAAGGAUAUUCAACAAAUAAAUCUGACAAUUGGCUUGAAAAUUCACUGUCAUAGACGCUCUUCAAAAACUGGAAUUUUCCUUUAGAGUAUCCAAUAUAAUUCUGUUCAUCCGCAUUAUUCUGCUUGCCAUCAUGACAACCUUAAAGGGCAUCUUCCAGGCCGUUAAGUCCAUCCUCGACUUUCUCCUGGCUUUCAUAAGAGAAGUCUCAGUUUUUAUUGAAUCGGUCACACCUGUCCUAUUGGUCACAUUAAAUGUGAUUUCUAAAAUUAUUGGCGGAUUUUUCGCUCUCAUAGCAAUGGUUUUCCAUUUGGUAAGGAGGCAAAAAACUGGUCGCGAGGGAAGAUUUUUUGACCAGAUAGAUUUAGAUUGACAGUACACUAGACACCGAAAAUUAGCGAUUGAAGAACCAAUAUAUGACAGCGACUGCAGACAGCGCAGAUACUCAAAAAGAAAGGGGCAAAGCAGUCCAGUUUGGGACCUUGGACCUGAUCUUCUGGCCUCUGCGACAAGUGGAUACAGACAAGGGGUCAAAAUUACGGAGAUCCCUGAUUAGACUUUCAAUUUAAUGCUAUCUUUUGGGGGUUAUUUACAGGGAAAACAUAAUUUUCUAUUUGGUUAAAAAUUAACUCAAGACAUCAGAGCUGCAAAUUAUAGGUUUUGCUUUCUUUUUAUCCUGGCUAGUGAACCUUUUAUUUAUGUUAAUUAAAUUUUAAUCAUUGAAAUUUAAGUUUGGUGAUUUUAUCACCCCAAAGGAAGUCCGACCUGUAGCCAGACAAAUUAUUUUUCAAUAAACUAAAUGGCAUAUGG